UUGUGAAUUUUUUGGUCAAUGUAUUUCGACAGUCAUCUGGUACUUCCUUGAAGACGUCAACUACGAAUCUCGUCUACGGUCAUCAGUCAAAAUCGAUGAUCAUACUCUCGGAGCUAAUCCAGAACACGCUAGUUAAGUCCGAGAGGCACAAAAAAGUCCACUGAUCUCAUCACACAAGCAACAACAACCACGACGAACCAACGUCCACCACCAUCGCACUCCUCACAUCCACAGACACCUCCACAACCCACUAUACAUCAGAAAUGCCUCACGCAAACACAAAUCCCCCCUCUGGCACCGACGGCCCCCCCGCAGACCCAGCCACCACAACCUCCUCCCCCUCCGUCGCCGCGACCAAGAAGCGCAAACGCGCCGAAAAACCACACAUUCUGCACUCGUGCACGUUCAAAAAGCCACAAUGGACAUACUUCCACCUCUCUCUCACGACGCCCGGCACUAUUGCUGUCACCAAGGCGUCCCCGCCCUCGUCCUCUAGUAAACCGCACAGCGCAGACCCUCAGAACAUUGACGCCCUAACUGUCCUCACGCUGCUUCGUCCGCCGCUACAGACGUACCUCGGGCUGAUGGGGUCUAGCAUAUCGAUCGACGUGCUGAAGACGGAGGGGAGGGAGGUGUGGGUUAGGGUCCCGAGGUUGGAUGCGAGGGGUUUCAGGGCUGCGGUGUCAGCAUGGGUGGGCAGUUGUGAGGGGGCGCUGAUUCCGGGGACGGGCGACAGUGAGGGUGGGAGGGUCGGCGUGUCGUGGAGGGUUGUCGGGGAGGGACAGUUUGUGGGGAGUUUAGCUGGUGGAGAUGGGGCGGAUCUGUUUGGUUGAGGGGGGGAGGAUUGAGGUCAUUGAGACUUGGGAAUGGGAGAGAUGGGUUUGGUGGUCUUUUGAAAUUAUGAUACCCUUGAACCGUUUGCGUCUUGAGAUUGCGCCGUUAUUUCUUUUUUGGCGAUAGGGAAAGGAGAAUUGAAGCAUGCUUUGCUCGGAGGAAGCGUACUUUGGAUGGGGAUUGGCUAUGGCAACCAUAACAAUACUGACACGGUACUGUCUCCGCGUAUUAGAGAUCCUGUAACUAGCGAGAGGAC